AUGAGGGAAAGAAGGGAUGUGCUCCUCAGUCAAGGGCCAUUGGUGGCUGUUGAAGAUUAUAACAGACCCGAGACUCUCAUGAGAUACUUCGGUGAUGAGACACAUCCAGGUGCCCAUAUUCCAUUCAAUUUCUUUCCUCUACUAUUCUUGUCGUUUAAGUCAAAUUCAACAGUGAUCGAAAAAGUGAUACGCGCAUGGACGGAUGUUUUUCCGGAGGGUUACUACAACUGGGUGCUGGAAAACCACGAUAAUCCCCGUAUGUCGACCAAAUUCAAUCCCGAAAGUGUCGAUAUGUUAAACGCUUUCAUUUUGCUCCUACCCGGAGUUGCAACUAUUUAUUACGGAAGUGAACUCGGUUUGGAGGACAUAAAAACACGACGGGACCAACGACGAGACCCACAGAACGCCGGCCUCGCAGAUCCAACCGUGACGCGGGAUGCCUCGAGGGGCCCGAUGCUUUGGGAUGACACCACUAAUGCAGAUCUUUGGAAACUGAGACUGUGGCAGUUCUAA